CAUCGUUGGUGUCUUUGGUGUCUUUGCCCAGCGCUCAGAGCUUCGACGAUGGCAUCGAACCACAGCUUCUUACGAAUCCAGCACAGCAUCGGCCCUGGUCCUCGCAUCAAUCUGGUUUGCCGAGUCGAAUCUGAGGCGACGGCUUUACGGGGCAUCCAAACGUGCAUGAUGCAGCGUUCGCUCUGAUCAAGUUGGGAAUGUUUCUUCCCACGUAUCACCACCACUCACUUCCAGUCUUCCCGCUCACUCACGCCGCUGUCUUUGCCUCAUCCUUAUCCUAUCCCUCGUGAGCACACCUCCAACCGUCCACAUAUCAUAGACACUCACUCGUAACUCAACACCGUCACUCCACAAUCACUUGUUACUUAGUUUCCACGCACAACACACAACACACAACGUGCUUCUGCUCAAAAUCAUCGUCUUAAUCCACCGCUCAUAUGCAAAAGUCCGUCACCAUCUUGAGACACCGCCAGUUACUAAUGAAAUUCUUUCCUGCUCUGUGACGAUCCUGACCAGGUCUCUGAAUGUACCUCGACGUCACCGACCUUCGACCAUUCUGAGACCUGUUCCAGCCUUGCGUGAUCCCCAUCACUGUAUACCGAACAGCACUUUGCAAGUACUGUGUCUGAUUGCAAAGUUCACCCCUCUUCAACCAUUCUUCACCGCCUGGUUGACGCUGGACCUCGAUGUCUGGUACUGCCACUGCCACUGAAGCAGAUCUAAACACCACGCCUCGAGACAACCAGCCACAAUACCACAGUUGAUAUACCCUAAUCGCCAAGUCACACAGUACACACAAAUCCUUCGCUGUCUUGACUGUCGGUCAAGCCCAGCGCUGUACUUGUCGACCAACGUUCUACUGCUCCGGAGCCAUGUGCGUACGAACAAAAACCUCAUAUGGCUGCGGCCACGAGUACAAAACCACCAAUGAGUGCGGUGAUUCGCGCUGCACCAGCCUUGAGAGAUACCACUACCCUAAAUCUGGCGAUUGUCGUGAUUGCAAACGCGGUGGCGAAGUCGUCACUCGUGGGAGAGAAGGUCGAGGCAGAUAUGCAAAGGAGCUUGGUCGCAGACCAGACCGAUCGGAGCAGCGAGAGCCUCUGGUAGAAAUUGCAGGCAAUAGUGAGCAUCGUUCUUUGGAUGUCGGAGCCGGCAUCAGUCCGUGGGCGGCACCUCAAGGUAAUAAAGAGAAGGACUGGGGUAGCCCAACACGAUUGAAGGCCGAUCGAGCAUGGCUGCAAGAGCAUGCGGAGAGAAACACAGAUCUACAAAGCAUACGAGAAACAUUGUCCUCAUCUUCGUCAUGCUCUGGCGCCAGUUCUACGGUUGUUGAUUCACCUUCGCCAAGGGAUCGACCGGUUUUCGAACACCAAGAGGAUCUGCAUUACCAUGAUUACGAAAGUGAUCAUGCUCGAAGACGACAGAUGGAUACUACGGAGAGGAACCUACAGAUCGAAAUUCGUCACUUGAACGAUGAACACGACCGUAGGAGUCGCCGUCACCCACGAGAGCACGCCAGACACGAUAGUCAGGAGAGCUUCGAGUCAGCCCACAGCACCAGGUCAUCAUCUCGAAGACACAUCAAGCCUCCCACCAAUCCCUAUGCAGCCUACGAGUAUCGUGAUUCGGGCUAUGGAUCCUACGGCUCUCGCGCCUCUAAUGGAUACGAAAGUACCUCAACAGAACCAUACAUGUACUCACCACAGCAGAGGACUCUCAAGUUGAAAACCCCUUCGGCCGCUUCUUAUGGAGUCUAUCACAGUGGCUUCGGCGUUGGAGGAGUCGACAUUGUUACUCGUACCCCUUCAUACUCUUACGUGCAGAGAAGGUAUUGAUUUUUGAAUGCGAGCGAACCCGUUAUCCAUCCAAAUCAAGCACGACAUGGAAGGAGAAAUCUAGAGGCAACACGAGGAUGAAGGACAAUGGAAGCCAUCUCCAUGCUUGUUCCAGUCAAGACCACAUGGAUGGUUCAGGGAAGGGAUGUGGAAGGGAGGCCCUGACGGAUGGGGUGCAGGGGAACCCGAAGGUUUCAGGUGGAUGGGCAUGUGGAUUGAUGAGAGGACAAGGCUACGGGAGGAGGUCAUUGUGAUUGAAAGGGAUGUUUUGAUCAAGGUUGUCUGGAAUAGCUCCUACUUGGACAAUUGUCACUUAGGGCGAAGUGGUGUUAUGGGAAGGCUAUGAUCGAUCUCUUAGCUGUAUUGUAACACUUGAUGAUGGACAUGUAGUGGUACCCAGCACCGCCAAUUUCAUCUAUUUUUAUUCAG